CGCAAUUGUCAGUGCCGCGCCGACCGCUGCGCCGAGUAAACGUUGGGGGUUGUUAUUCUUGUACGUCCGUCCAUCGCGAGUGUUUCCUCGCGCGUCGGAAUCUUCCCGACGAAUAACAAAUCUUGCUCAACCGAGUGAGGUCGUGUUCCUUGAAGCGAGCGAUGAAAUAUUGAGCGUGGCGAAAGGAAGACGUAAAAAAAAACUCGUGUAUCUCGCGUUAAAGAAGUCUCGAGAGGCGAGUGAUGAAAAAUUGAGGUGCUUCGAGCGCGACGAAACGGAGACGUAAAAAAAAAAGACGAGGAAAAAAAGCGUCUCGUGUUGAAGAAGAAUAACGCGAAAGAUAAUACAGAACAAUUGUGUGAUCUUCGCGUGCAUUACAGUGAGAGAAAUCGUACCUGAAUCGAACUGAAAUAGGUCGGCAUUUGGAGUAGGACACAAAAGGGGCGGCGUGCGAUCUCAUACCGAUGCAAAAACGCGGCCUUGCCCGCGGAUUUUUAAUGCCGCGCCAUCGUCGCGUUUCCACAGGCUUCUCUCGUAUUCGCAUUCACGGUAGCGAGACCGAGUCUCUUUGGGAUAUAAACAACCAGACACGUAAUCGGCGAGCCAUCGGCGCGAGUGGGACGCAGCGACUUUAAUUCGCGCAUGAGAGAGCGCCGUCGAUCUACGUUGCAGCUGUGCUUAAAGAGGCGCAAAGGCGCUUCUUGAGACUCAUUUCCCGUCUCCCAACGAGAAGAGAUGAGAAGAUCACGAUGCUGAGAUCCAGAUCCUUAGUAGGCCUGCUGAUCCUCGUGAUCGUGCUGAAGACAGCACACUCGAAUCAUUGUCUGACGAACUUGGAAGAAGUUAAUCCAAAGAGGAUAAUUCAUCAUGAAGGCCAUUUCUUGAACAUUCAAUUUGAAGUAUCGAGAAGAGUCACUCAUAGAUUGACGUCGGAGAUCAUGAAAAUUUUUUUGACCGAAGUACUGGGUUACACCGGUAUUGGCAUUAUCAAUAAGGAUGACAAAUUCAACGCAUCUGAGGUCUUCGAAAGACUAUCCGAGAAGCCGACGUACAAUGGACACAAAAUAGAUAACAAAGAUCCAGAAACGAUGGUGAACAUGGAAGUGUGGAUUCCGCCGCAGCAGGACACGUCGCCGCUGCUGAGUAAAUACAACGUGAAAGAAUGUGGCUCGAUCGCGCCACCGGGACACUUUGGUUGGUUCGUUCCGAAUGCGUUAGCCAGACCCGAUGAUAACUGGCUAAUUUUCUCCAAAUUGGAAACCGCCAGCAGGUUCGUCAUCGACGAGGCGAUCAUCAAGAAUUCCACGAUGAAUCCGGAUACGAGGGAUUAUUAUUGCCACGAAGUCUUUUGCAAGGACGGGAUGUAUAUCCCGGAACAAUGUCAAAGUCAAGGACAGCGGUGGACGCCAAAAUGCGCGCUGCUGCUAGCCGAAUACCCAGACGUUACGCUCUUUGUGAAGGAGCACAUCGAUCAGAUGAAGCUCUACGUCAAGGUGGCGUGGGUGGGUCCGAAUCUCAGAUAUUUGACCAAGAACUUGACCGAGGAGUACAUCCGAUCCGCACGAAACUCAUCUUCCAUUGAGAAUAGAUCGUUGAUGAUUUUACACUAUUCGCCCAGCAGUGUGAUUCCGAAUGAGAAGGACUUUACAACGAUAUAUUUUCCACGUUGCGGUGCGAAAGAGUCGAUCAGCUGUGCCUACGAAUCGAACAGACUAACGAAGUUAGUAUGGAAAAGGUUGGAAAUGAUCGCGAAAAUGGCUUUUCAAUCGAUCAGUCGCGCAAAGUUUAGCCGAGAGAUGUAUGAAAAUUUAAUCGUGCGACGUAUGUGGGCAGCGAGUAAUGUUUCGGACGAAGAAAUCGCCUGUGACUGGUUGAAAGAGAAUCUGAAUUAUACCUUGACGGAAUGGAAGCCCAGCAACGAAUAUAAAAACACCUUAUUUGUCGGCGGAAUAUUUCCUAUGACUAACGAUUCAUACAUUGGAAAAUCGAUUGUGAUCGCCGCUAAGAUGGCGAAAGAAGUUAUCAACGUUAAUAACACUCUGCUGAGAGAUUACAACUUGACCCUGAUGGCCAACAACGGCCAAUGUAAAUCGGACAUGGUAAUGAAGUCUUUUAUCAAUUAUAUCGUACAACCUGAUUAUUAUCAGAAACUGGUCGGUGUAUUGGGACCAGCUUGCUCGGAAACUGUGGAGCCAUUGGUCGGAGUGUCGAAGCAUUAUAAAACAGUGAUUAUUAGCUACAGCGCCGAAGGAUCCAGUUUCGAUGACCGCAGCAAAUAUCCGUACUUCUUCAGGACUAUCGGCGAGAACAAGCAAUACAAGUAUGUCUAUCUGCAGCUUUUGCAAAUGCUGGGUUGGCAUCGAGUCGCUUCUUUGACGGAAGAUGGACAAAAGUACACCGAAUAUAUAUCAUACAUGCAGGACCUGCUCAGAGAUAACGGCAUCACUUUCGUGGCAAAUGUCAAGUUUCCAAGAGAGCGAGAAGCCGACGUUAUGACGAAUUACUUAAAAGAUUUGAAAGAGAAACGAGCAAGAAUUAUUAUCGCAGAUGUGUACGGUGACGUAGCUCUUCAGGUCAUGUGCGAAGCAUAUAAAUUGGAGAUGACAGCUGCUCAGGGCUACGUCUGGUUUCUCCCGCUUUGGCUUCAGCAACAAUGGUAUAAUCCUGAUUAUUAUAAGCAAGAAGGCAAAAAAGUACACUGCACUAUGAGCGAGAUGAUGAAGGCCAUAAACGGACAUCUCGGCUUGUCGCAUGCAUAUUUCGCUCGCGAUGACAGUAUAAUGCAAGAGGGAAUCACAGUGCGCGAGUGGCGCGAGCGUUAUGAGAACACUUGCCGAAUGCAGGAUCCUCCGUUACAGCCCUCUAAUUAUGCCGGUUAUGCCUACGAUGCUAUGUGGACUUAUGCUUACGCCAUGGACCGACUUAUCCAUGAGAAUGAGAGCUACGUCUUCGAUCUUCAUAGUGAUCAUACGGUCAAUCGUCUCACAACCAUUAUCGGAGAGAGUGAUUUUAAUGGGGUAUCCGGAAGAAUACAAUUUCUAGGCAGACCAUCGAGAUAUUCCGUUAUUAAUAUCAUACAAUUUAUCGAUAAUGAGACACGUAUUGUUGGUAAUUUCUAUCCAAAUAUUUCGGAAGUCAAACACGAAGUAAUCGGCGGAACAUUGGAUUUAAAUAUAUCGGCUUUUGUUUGGUUAUCGGAGACGAAGCCUGACGAUGGUUCAGAGCCUCCGGCGAGAUGCGUUUUGGCAGGAUUGGCAGAAUUACUGGAUGUCUCUUGCGAAGUAGCGAUAGUGAUUGCUAAUAUCAUCGGUUUCGGUCUUCUCGGAGCGAUUUUAAUCAUUGGCUUUAUCAUGAUUAAGCGAAAGUACGAUGAAAAAGUACGACAACAUGAAAAAUAUAUGAAGUCCCUGGGUAUCGAUCUAUCGCAGACGGACACAUCUAGUUUAGACGUGUGGGAAAUUCCUCGAGAUAGAGUAGUAAUUAAUCGAAAACUCGGAGAGGGAGCUUUCGGUACCGUUUACGGUGGUGAAGCUUUCUUCCCUGACAAGGGCUGGCUAGCCGUCGCUGUAAAGACUUUAAAAGUCGGCAGUUCGACCGACGAGAAGCUUGAUUUUUUGAGCGAGGUCGAGGUCAUGAAGAGAUUCGAGCAUAAGAACAUAAUUAGGUUAUUAGGUGUGUGCAUAAAGUGCGAGCCCGUGUUAACCGUGAUGGAAUUUAUGCUUUACGGCGAUUUGAAGACCUUCCUGUUGGCCAGAAGACAUUUGGUCAACGAUCGGAGUUACGAAGACUCCGAUGAGAUUUCAAAUAAAAAAUUAACCGCCAUGGCGUUGGACGUUGCUAGAGCGCUCAGUUAUUUAGCGCAAUUAAAAUAUGUUCACAGAGACGUCGCUUCUCGCAAUUGUCUGGUGAAUGCCCAGCGCGUGGUGAAACUCGGAGACUUUGGUAUGACGAGACCAAUGUAUGAGAAUGAUUAUUAUAAAUUUAAUCGGAAAGGCAUGCUACCAGUAAGAUGGAUGUCGCCAGAAUCGCUGGCGCUAGGAAUCUUCACACCAGCAUCCGAUGUCUGGUCUUAUGGCGUGAUGCUUUACGAGAUUGUUACAUUUGGCAGUUUUCCUUUUCAAGGGAUGAGUAAUAAUGAAGUACUCUCGCACGUGAAAGCUGGUAAUUGUCUCACUGUGCCGAAGAAAGUAAAAAUGCAACUCGAGAAUUUAAUGUAUUCCUGUUGGAAUGUGGACCACACAAAGAGACCAUCGGCGCCGGAGAUUGUUGACUUUUUGGCGACAAAUCCUCGCAUCAUUGCGCCGUGUCUCGAUGUGCCUCUGUCAAGUGUGCAGCUGGAGCACACCGCGCAACUUGACAUACAACUAUCGGAGAAUAACCGAAAAUUCUCAAUUUCGUGGCCAUCACAGCGUUCAGACUCUCAAACUCAAGAAUUGAAAUCCCCGAACUCGCCAACGUCGCUUCUACUGGACUUGAACGGUCAAGAUGACGAUCAGACUUUAGACUCUCUGCUGAUCGGCAUAUCUAGUGAACAAGACAGUUCUAGCCCUCUACUGGACUCUACAAGAGCCUCGAUUUUGAAGCAAAUGUGGCUUCAAGAGAAUUCAAAUGAUAACCAAGCUCACAGGUAUGUCAAUCUUCAGCCAGGUAUGCUAAAAUUAGCCUGCGAAUCCGGCAGAAAUGGUAGCGCUGGAAACAUACAGAUGGAGGAAAAAACGUCCAUACUGUCCGAAAAGAAAAGCACCGAUAACAUGUCAGUGCUCUGACAUAAGUAGAUGAUUUUGUAAAGAAAUUGGAAACUAGUCAGAUCCUCGAAGCGGUGUUCUAUUAAAGAGAAGUAACUGUACAAGCUCAACACCAGAAUCCAAGAUACACUAUUCGUGUUCUAGAAUAAAGUAAAAGAGUUGACUCGAAUGAUUCCAAGUAAUACGGAUAUAUGUGAGGGAGGAAGUCUAUACGCUCAUUUGGUCAAUGAGCGGCAGAAACCGUUGCAACGGUAUCGACAACAUAUUCUGUGUAGAGAGCAUUCAGUCCGACAAAUAAUUGCUAGAAAUAUUUGCAGACUAGAAAAUAUGUGAGGCGUAAGGGGCCUUUAUCGGCAAAUAUAAUCGCUUAAGUUAUACCAAAGGAUUUUUUAACAAUACCAGAGAAAAUCGAUUCUAUGGUACAGCAUUUUAAUUAACCAGUUAAAUAUUGUCUACCAGUUAAAAAUUCUUUCAACAUGAAGAAACUAUGUUGAGCUAAAUGAUUAUGAUAACAAUGGAAAAGCGUUGACUCUUAUAAAAGAAUUCCUAAUGCGUUUGGGGAUAUAUCCCUGGAAAUAUCUCGAAAUGUGCGUACUUGUAUAGCGAAACUGUCUCGAAUAAAUUAAAAUUCAUUGAAAAAUAUGUGAGGAGCAAGUAGCUGGAUCGGGAAUCGAACCCGAGUUUUCGCUUUUCAGGCAACCUUCCACCGCUCGAAAAUAAAUGAGUUUAAUAUUAAGACUUUUUUGAUAACAUAUAUAUAUACAUAUAUAUAUAUAUUUUUUACGAUUUUACGACUAAAUCAUGGUUCAUAUAUGUUUAUUUAUACAUAUAGAGCAGUAAAUAGAAAAAUUCUUUAUCAUUUUAUCAUUUUUGCAAUAAUUAUUGAAAUAUUAAUUUACAAAAAUUGACAAAUAAGUGCCUGUUUCGCAUAGCUAGAUCAUGGGAUGUGUGCUCUAGGCGAAUAUGAGAGUAUUCACAGAAAAAUAAUAUAGAAUAUAUAAGAUAAUCGAGACAGUUAGAGCUAUUGAUGGCAAAACUAAUUUACCGGAUCCAGUUUUGAGACUGACUUCCAUUGCGAAAUUUAGUCGCAUCAUCUGACCGGUCAUAGACACUAUCACAUCACAGACAAAUACCUGAAGGGUUCCAAAGGGAAGUGGCUUUUCGUAGAUAUGUGUUUCGCGAAACCGAAAAGACGAUCGACGUCAAUGCAUUCUUCAUUCAGCAGUUCUGUCGCCUUCUGCUCAAUGCAUCUUUAAGACUGAUUCUCGAGAUGCAAGAGACGCAUCGUACCAUUGUUUAUCCUUUGUUUUCUUUUGUUUCUUGUCGAAUAAUAAUUUGUUCGAGAAGAAGCUAGCGCAUUUGAAUAAAUAAGAUCCGGUAUUUUGCGAGUAGCGACGUUCGUAUAACCAUGACAUUUUUUCUUGCUUGUUACACUUAAAAAAUCAGUGAACAAUUCUUCCCUGUUUCUUAAUUAUCCCUUCACGAAUGUGACUACACGUUUGUCGAUCACAUGUCACCACCGCCAACACAUCACAGAUUAAUUAAUAUUGUAAGAUUAAUCAUCGGCUCGAUCGACAGAUGCAAUUAUUUAUUGAUAUAUAACAAGUGGAUUUCUUGCGAAAGAUUUUUAUACAGAAUAUGUUUCUUAUUAAGGGUCCACUUAAUAGCAUUCUUGUAUAAAGUAGUGUUGCCAGAUGACAGAUAGCACCAUAUUUUAUAUACAUAAAUUCAUAUAAUAUAUUUAACCCUUUCCGGCAUCAGUCGACGAAGUUCCUUGAGAAUUGCUUUUUUUAUGUUCCUGCAUUCUCGAAUAAAUGAUAGAUAUAAUGUCAAAAUGUGUGUACGUAAAAUAUAUGAGCCUCUUAUUUCCAAAGUGAUGAUUACAGAUAAAUUUUCGAAUCUAGACUUGCAUACCGCUUUUGAAAUAAGUGACUUGUAUGUAAAUGAGCGUGCCAUUCGUUAGAUAGCAAAUGCAAACAAUCAUGCAACUAGUUACUGAUUACAAUUGAGUAACAAUUUAAAGAAUUGUUAUUGUAGGAUUAUAUAUAAAGUGUGCUAGAAAGGGUUAAUUUUCAGCAUCCGCUGUUCAUUACGACUGAAUAACUAUACAAUUAAGAGAGUUCAUCGAAAAUAUUCACGUAGAGCAUCAAAGACUCCAAUAGAAAAGUAUUUUUAAUUCUCGAUUCCAAUUCAUAACUAUUCGCGCACAUUCGGCAACAACAUUGCGAGAAACGUAUCUAUAAUUAUACUAUAUUAUAUGUAAUGCGCAAUAUUAUACUAUGUUUUGCAUCAUGAAAGGCAGUAUAGAUGAUAUUCAUUCAAGCAUCACUAUCUGACAAUCUUUCUAAGACUUAUUUUAUUAUAGUUUUAAUUUUUUAAAUACGUACAUAUAUUUGCAAAAGCUCAAAUAAAAAAGAUAGACAAAAAAUCUAUGUAGAGAUAAAAAAAAAUAAAGAUAUGUAUAAUCAAAUAUAUGAGAUAUCUAUAAAACAAUGUAGAAAAGUUAAGGAGUAAAAAAAAUAAUAUUUAUUUUAUUAUUUAAAUUUUUUUAUACUUAUAAAAAUAUAGCGGCUUUUUUCAGAUGUAAAACUCGCUCGAGUUUCAUAACAAUAGUUAUGUACAAUUAUAUAUGUGUAUAUCAUAAAAAAAGAUAUAGAUAUUAUAUGCCAGUAUCGCACAUCUAUACAUCACAUAGAAAAUUAGUUUAUUAUUGCGUGUAGAGAUAAACUUUUUUACUAUUCGUCUGACAGAGGAAUAAUACCCGCGAAUGCAUCGCGAAUAUUCCUUUGACAAGUAUAGACUGCAGGUUCUUGUAAAAAAAAUUUUUACAUAUAUUUGUACAUACCACGGCAUAUUAUUAAGUCCUUCCUCUAGUAGUUAACUUUAUAAAAAUAAUCUCGGCGAUUUUUUGCCAGAUAUAUACGGCGAUUACUCCUAAGGCACGUAUAUACAACCCUUGAUUUUACUCGCUACACUACGAUUACCAGUGUUUAUUUAUUGUCAAAUUAUAUAUAUUGUAAUUAAAUCUACGGCGAAUCUAUGGUAUUCGCAACAUACGUUCCUUGAGCGCAUAUUUAUUGUGCCUUUUGGAAUUAAAUAAUGUUAAACAUG